AUGUCGUCUGAUGAUGAAAAACCUCCUGCACCUCCAGUUCGUUUGACAUCCAACAGGAGCACUGAUCUUGUCAACAGCUCCAUUGCCGUGGAUAGGCCCCUUCCAAAGGAACCUGAGGAUUUGGACAAGAAAAAGAAAAACAUUAAAUCCAAAAAGACCCACAAGUUAUCUACUUAUGCCUCGGACAAACCUAACAUUUCUUAUCCCACCAAUUUUGAACAUACUGUACAUGUUGGAUUUGACCCUGUAUCUGGAGAGUUUACGGGAAUGCCGGAAGCAUGGUCGCGUUUGCUGAUGAAUUCAAACAUCAGUAAACAGGAGCAGAAAAACAACCCUCAAGCUGUUUUAGACGUUCUAAAUUGGUAUGAUAACAGUUCCAAAGAACCUCCAAAUACCAAGUAUAUGACCAAAACUGCCACCACACAUUCUGGAGUGUUUGUAGGUUCAACUUUAAGUAGAGUAUCAAGCUCAAGUCCGAGUAGUACUACCCCUACGGAAGGAGACAUAGGUCACCAGUCUUAUCACAGUCCUGUACACGUUGCUAGUUCAGAAAUCGAAGAUGAAGCUCCACCUCCUCCCAUCGCCAGUCGACCUGAACGCACUAAAAGUAUUUACACGAAACCCGUUGAAGAAAUUCAGCCGAACAACGCCGGAAACGGCACACCUCCCCACGGUCUCAGCCCCUCGCACCUUGCCCCCGUACACGCCGCCGCAAAUUCUAACGCUAACAAUACGCCCAUACCACCAGUAUUCGAUAAAAACAAAAAUCAAGCUGGUUCGGAGAUGUCGAGGGCUGCCUCGGAGAAGAGGAAGAAGAAAAUGUCGGACGAAGAAAUUUUGGAAAAGUUAAGAAGUAUCGUAUCGGUUGGGGAUCCUAAUAGAAAGUAUACUAAAUUGGACAAAAUUGGCCAGGGAGCCUCUGGUACAGUUUAUACGGCAAUAGAGACUGCGACUGGAAUGGAAGUAGCUAUUAAACAAAUGAACCUAUCACAACAGCCUAAAAAAGAAUUAAUUAUAAACGAAAUUCUAGUCAUGCGAGAAAAUAAGCAUGGAAAUGUUGUUAAUUAUCUAGACAGUUAUUUAGUAAAUGAGGAACUUUGGGUGGUUAUGGAAUACCUACCUGGCGGUUCACUGACUGAUGUAGUAACAGAGACUUGUAUGGAUGAGGGGCAGAUAGCCGCAGUAUGUCGAGAAGUUCUUCAGGCCUUAGAUUUCCUCCAUUCCAACCAAGUUAUCCACAGGGAUAUAAAGUCUGACAAUAUUUUGUUAGGUCUUGACGGAUCUGUUAAAUUAACGGAUUUUGGUUUUUGUGCUCAAAUUAGCCCAGAACAGUCAAAAAGGACUACAAUGGUGGGCACCCCUUACUGGAUGGCACCCGAAGUUGUCACCAGGAAGCAAUACGGACCUAAGGUUGACGUGUGGUCAUUGGGUAUAAUGGCGAUAGAAAUGAUAGAAGGAGAACCUCCAUAUCUAAAUGAAAAUCCCCUUAGAGCACUUUACCUCAUCGCUACUAAUGGUAAACCUGAUAUUAAGGAAAAAGAAAAACUAUCUCCUGUAUUUCAAGAUUUUCUAGACAAUUGUUUAGCGGUAGAGGUUGACAAGAGAUCGUCAGCUAGGGAUUUAUUAAAACAUCCUUUUUUGAAGUUAGCGCGUCCACUUGCUAGUCUGACGCCACUAAUUUUAGCAGCCAAGGAUGCUGCCAAACAACACUAG